AUGGCUUGCUCUCUGCCACCAUCUGUAGUUGGCAUUUUAGGCGUUUUCGCCUUAAUUGCUAUUCUCUGGUCACGAAGAGAUCGUCGCCUUGACACCAUCCCUGGGCCCCGGGGUCACCCAAUUGUCGGAAUUGGCCUGGGCUUCCCUCCCAAUGCAGCCAAUGUAUUUCGCCAGUGGGCUCAUGAGUAUGGCGACCUGUUUAAAAUUCGCGUUGGCUGGUACAACUGGGUUGUGGUGAACAGUCCUGAGGCGAUGAGAGAAAUUUUUGACAAACAGUCUGCAUAUACAUCCUCUAAGACACCAGCUCCAAUUCUAGAUGACGUCGUAGUGGGUGGAAUGCGCAUGUUUACAAUGCCAUACGGUCUCAAAUGGAGGAGAUACCGUACGAUAACUCAUCAGUUACUCGCGCAAAAGGCUACCCAGAGCUUUAUUCCAACACAGUCCUUUGAAGUUAAACAGCUGCUGUGGGAUCUGGCUCACGACAACACCAGUAGUGGGGAAUUCUAUCAGCACAUUCGUCGAACUUCAUUUUCUAUUGUCAUGACCAGUACAUACGGUCGGCGAAUUGGGCACUGGGAUAAUGAGGACGUCCGCCACGCUAUCGAGAGCACCCGAAUCCUAGGAAAAGUUACUCGCCCUGGACAAUUCAUUGAGGAUGAGAUACCCAUUCUCGCCAAGCUACCUCACUGGAUGCAACCAUCUCGAAGACGCGCGGAGCAGUACGCUAAGCCAGUACUCUGGGCUAAGAUGCGGCUAUGGAAUCUGAUGAAGGCAGCCAUUGCAGAUGGGAGCGCGCCACCUUGCUUCGGAAAAGACCUAGUAUUGAGUGACUACCAAUCGCAGGGGUUGACAGACGAAGAUGCUGCCUGGAUUGCAGGUGGACUCGUCGAGGCUGGUGCGGAAACAACAACUGCGACUUUAAAUAGUCUUGUGCUCUACCUUGCUGCAAACCCGGAGGUUCAAACCAAAGCAAAUGAAGAGUUAUCCAACGUUAUCGGCGAUAGCCGAGCGCCAGAAUUCGAUGACAUCGUAAAUCUUCCAUAUAUUCAUGCCUGUGUAAAGGAAGUUUUACGCCUGCGUCCCGUGCCAGUCUGGGGUAUCAAGCAUUUUACCGAUCAGGACGUUGUUUACAAGGAUCAUAUCAUCCCUAAAGGCACAGUCGUGUUAGCCAAUACGUCCGCCAUUCACUACGAUCCUACCAGAUACGACGAGCCAUUCUCCUUUCGUCCCGAGCGCUACAUUCAUCACGACAAAUAUGCCGCCGAUUAUGCGGUAAUGAGGGACCCAUAUGCUCGGGAUCAUUUUACUUUUGGUGCCGGGCGACGAAUCUGUCCCGGCUCGAGGUUCGCAGAGAACACACUCAACUUAGCUCUAGCAAAUAUUUUGUGGGCAUUCGCAAUCCGACCGCCUGUGGCGAUAGUUGACGGCAAGGAGCGGGAGUUGGAGAUGGAUACAUCAGAUAAGGCCCGGGAAGAAACAGCAUUCCAGGCGCCAAAGCCAUUCAAGGUUCGCUUUAUUCCCCGCAAUGAGGAACGUAUGAGGAUUUUAGAAAAAAAUUGGAAAGUGGCGCAGGAGACUGGCUAUACUCUCCGAGGAAGGCAUGUUGAUAUGUAUGGGAUAGCCCGACCAAAUCAAUAAAAGAGAAAUAUCUUGGGCAUUUGUUAUUUGCUGCUCUAUCCACAGUCUUCGGGUGGCCCUCAGAUCCAUCCCGUGUCUACAACAAUAUGUAGAGAUAAUUAGAAAUAUAGGAAGUUGUAUAUCGAUUUGCAAUUAG